GUAAGAAAAAGUACAAUGGAAUGGGAAAAUCAAACCAUUCUGGUGGAAUUCUUUUUAAAGGGGCUUUCUGAUUACCCAAGGCUUGAGCCACUCUUUUUUGCACUAAUCUUAAUAAUGUAUGUUGUCAUCCUUCUGGGCAAUGGCACCCUUAUUUUAAUCAGUAUCUGGGACUCCCACCUUCACACCCCUAUGUACUUCUUUCUGGGGAACCUCUCCUUCUUGGACAUCUGCUACACCACCACCUCUAUUCCCUCCACUCUGGUAAACUUCCUCUCAGAAAGAAAGACCAUAUCCUUCUCUGGCUGUGCAAUACAGAUGUUCCUUGGCAUGGCCAUGGGGACAACAGAGUGUGUGCUCCUGGGCAUGAUGGCCUUUGACCGGUAUGUGGCUAUCUGCAACCCUCUAAGAUAUCCUGUCAUCAUGAGCAAGGAUUCCUAUGUGCCCAUGGCAGCUGGGUCCUGGUUUGCUGGGGUUAUCAACUCUGCAGUGCAAACUGCAUUUGUGAUACAAUUGAACUUCUGUAGGAAUAACAUCAAUCAUUUCUCUUGUGAAAUUCUGGCUGUCAUGAAACUGGCCUGUGCUGACAUCUCAGGCAAUGAAUUCAUCAUGGUUGUGGCCACGACAUUGUUCACACUGAUGCCCCUGCUUUUGAUUGUCAUAUCUUACUCAUUAAUCAUCUCUAGCAUCCUGAAGAUCCAUACUUCUGAGGGGAGAAGCAAAGCUUUCUCCACCUGCUCAGCCCACCUGAUUGUGGUGAUAAUAUUCUAUGGAACCAUUCUCUUCAUGUACAUGAAGCCCAAGUCUAAAGAGACACUUAAUUCAGAGGACUUGGAUGCCACUGACAAAUUGAUAUCCAUGUUCUAUGGAGUGAUGACUCCCAUGAUGAAUCCUUUAAUCUACAGUCUCAGAAACAAGGAUGUAAAGGAGACAGUGAAACAUCUAUUUAACAGAAGUUUCUUUAGCAAGUGA